AUGUUUCUACCAAGGAAGCAUGAGAACAAGGUUAACGUCGAUUAUAAAGCACGACUCGAGCACAAGUUAUACCUGGCCAGAGAAAAUCCUGAACCAAUAUUAGAUGUGUCAGAAUGUGCUUUAAAACAGGUGCCACCUGGCAUUUACUCGUUAUGUAAAGUAUUUAGAAAAAAAGUGCUAUGGAUGCAUAAUAAUAAGUUAACUUCACUUUCGGGUGGAGGUGCCUUAAGCGAUUUGUCAUUGCUUGUUGUCUUAGAUAUACAUGGAAACGAAUUUACCAACUUACCCUCAGACAUAAUGUGUCUUGCUUCACUCAAGGAACUUUAUUUACAAGACAACAAUAUAAGAAAACUGCCAAAUGAAAUAGUACAGUUAAGUAAAUUAACAAUAUUAAAUGUUGCAAAUAAUAAUUUGAAACAACUGCCAGAAGUAAUUGGCAAGCUGAAACUGUUGACUAUAUUAGACAUUAGUCAAAAUACGUCUCUUCAAAAACUUCCUAAAUCAUUGGGUCACGCACAACAGUUGACAAAAUUAAACAUUGAUGGAUUAAAACUGUCUUAUCCACCUCAAGAUAUUUUAAAUGGAGGCAUAAUAGUGAUUGUAGCAUUUUUAGCAAAUGAGAGUGGUAUUGAAUAUUUACCAGAAGAAUCUGUUUCAGAAACAGAGUUAUCCAGAAACAUAAGUUCUGAGGAUAUGCAAUCAAUAUAUCUCGACACAAAUAAUGAGACACAGGCAGCAUUACAGAAGCUAGAACAAAUGAAGGAACAUCGACAAAAUGCAUUGCUGGAGGUGGAAAAAAAUAUUAGACAACAGCAAGAAUAUGAGAUCGGUAUUCAAUCAACAUUAAAAGAACAUAGAAAAAAGCUUCUAAAGGAUCUCGCUUUACAGCAAACGGAAUUAGAACACGAGUUAGAAAAAGUUCAACAAAAAAAAGAUUUUAACAGAGCACGUCUACUUUCCUAUAUUUACAACGAUGAAAAAGCAGCAGAUAAUGUAAUCAAAGAAUUUUUAAGAAAUAGUGAGGAAAAACGACAAACUCAAGCUGAAUUGCUUGAGCGAGAAAAGCAAGAAGAAAUGCAAAUACUAUCUUCUUGUCAUUCAGAACAAGUCUUAUUUCGUACCAAAGAUACUCUUUCAUCAAUGGAAAAAUUACUGGAAGAAGAACUUUACAGAACCAGAAAAUUGGAAGAACACAGCAAAUAUAGGGAUUAUGCUGCACAAUCUUUGCUCACACUAGAAGUAAGAAAUAAUGAUCAUUUAGCACAAAUAGUACAAAAUCAAGAAAAGAACAGACAAAAUUUAAUUGAUACAAUAAGACAAGAUGAAGUUUUACAAAAAGCUGCUGUCACAGCAUUAUUGGAACGUAGCGAUGCACGUUGUUGGAGUAUUGUGCAACAAGUCAAUUUGGUACAGUCGCAGUUAGCUGCUCUUACAAACAUUGAAUUGGAGAGGAGGAAACUAGAAAUUAAUCAACAACUUAAUGAAAUAGCUGAAAAAAGAGUAGCUUUGAGUGCUAUUUUAGUAAAUCUGUUGGACCAACAGAAAACUAGAAGAAAUCAGCUUUUGGAAACAAUCAAUAACAUAGAACAGCAAAGUUCCAUCAACAAUUCUAGAAGAAGAAGUCAGUUUUGGUUGAUGCAAUAUCAGUCAUUAAUGGAAGCGCGUCCUCAGGGUUUAUUGGAGAUGUUAGAACCUUCACUAGUGCGACAUGUGGCAAUAGCUGGAGCAUUACAUUGUUUACCAUUUUUAGCUUCAUUACCAACGUUACUUCCGGAUCUUAAUGACGAAAAAUUACAGAGUAUUGGAAUACAUUGCGAGAGUGAUCGUAAUGCUAUAAGGCUUGCAGUUGAAAAUCAUGUAGAGGAAGUUAAACUCCAAGAAGUCAGAACACCUGUAACACCUUCUGCACCGCCUGACGAAGCAUGCACGAGUUCCAAUUAUCAAGAACAUAACACGGCUCGGAGUAUUAAUACUGCAGAAUGUGUAAUUUGCCUUGAUUUACAAGUAAGCAUAAUUUUCAUUCUAUUUGGAAAUGCUUACAACAAAAUCAGACACUGUGUCAUUUUAUGUGUGAUUCUGUAUUUCUUAUAGUGUGAAGUAAUUUUUCUACCAUGUGGACAUCUUUG